UCAGUAGUUUACCGCUCGACGCAACGGAAAGCAGAGGCCAUCCAUUAGUGUUUGUUUAGUCUACUAGUUACUAUCGAUAAUGAGAAAACUAUUACCUCCCAAACAUAUGACACACCUUCAGCGGCACCGGUUGGAGUCGGUCAGCGACAACAGUGCCCCGUCGACGUCCAGCAAGUCGGACAGUUCCGAUGGUUCCGCGUCGGAAAUCUGCGAAGCCAUCCACGAGUGGUCACUGGACGCGAGUGAGUCCCAGUCGAUUCCCAGUCAGAACAGCAGCGGCGAAAGCAGUACCAGCAGUAGCAGCGGCCAUCGUCACCAUCACCAUCACCACCAUCAUCACCAUAACCAUCGGAACAGUCAACUUCAGCAGCUGCAGCAACAGCAGCAGCAGCAGUCAUUGAAUGGGAAUUAUAUCAACGAAGAUGACAAUGAGCUCGAGUACAGCAAGCACGAUCUGAUCAGUCUGGAUAGUGGCAUGAUUACCGACUUCGAGCGGUCUCAGGUGGAGAGCUUCUUCAGUGGGCUCGGAACGGAGGUCUACGUCAGCACGUCGCUAGCCAAUCUGUACGAAAGCCUCGGCAAAGACGACUGGCGUCUGGUGUACACCGGCAUCCCGGUUCUGCUGCACGACAAAGGAUGCACCCGGUCCCGCUGUACGCCGAGGGUGAGCUUUGUCCUGGCAGAGCGGGGCACCUGCUUCGCCCUCUGGAAGGACACCAUCGACAAUCUGUCCGACUAUAAGGUCGCAGCGGCAGCCUUUCACACCAUGUGUCUCUCGGCAGACCACCGCAAGGUGAUUGGCUUCAGCUUCGACUCGAACCAGGCCGCCCGCGAGAUGUGGGUCCGGGUGGAGGAACUCAUCAGCAAUCCAGAGAACAUUGCCCUGUCCGCGCCGGGCCGGAAGCGAAAGACCAAGAAGAGCGCCAAGCCCAUCAUUCUGCCGCCGAAGUCGCAAAUUUCGCAACCCUGCCAGUUCCACCACGUCACCAGCGUUACCACCAACGACACACCGCGUUACUUCAGUCUGCAAGCGUUUGUGGCUCCUCCGGUCAAGCACCGGGAACCCUAGGGUCAGGCCAAUGGCCGUCCGAUUCAUAACUUUUUGUUUCCAUAAUAUUUUAAUUAGCCAUAAUUGACAAAUGGGCGGUCACACGUAUAUGUUGUGGAUAAAUAGGAGUUAUGUAUUUUAAUUUAUGGGCACUGAUUAACACAGCGCAUCACCCUAAUGUUUUAAUCCAACCGUUUAAUGAAUGCAAUGGAAGUUUUAAUUUUUAAUCAAUCUUGCUGAUUUCCGACAAGGGAAAUUAAUUCGUAUAAUUAAAUGCCAUCAUCAGUGCUCCCUCAAAUUGUCCACGCUCGCUGUUAAGCACAUAAUUGGAUUCAAUGCGUAAUGCGAAAUGGCCCGAAAUUUAUCAAAGUAAGUUGACUUUGGGACUCAUUUAACAGUAGGAUUAUCAAAUCAAUACAUAAAUAUACUUAACUGACACUCACAAAUAUUUGAGAAGGAUGGUUAGGUCUUUCAAAAGCGGCAUGGUGCUGAGAUGAACUGAUGAAAAGAGUUAUUCAAUAUGAGAUAAGGAAAAACAGUAGACCACAGAAUGAUAAAGUAUGGGAUCGUGCUAACUAGUUGUACAAUUGUGUACAUAUUGUUUCUGUGAUAAAUUGAUGGGUAUGUGGCAUGUAAAACUAUUUGGAGUAGACGAAAAGCUAUCAUCGCGUGAAUCCAGAAACAUCCAUAAAAAAAACGAAUGAACAGCAAUAAGUAGAAACCAGGACAACCGAAAAUGUAAUAGUGUAGAAGUUGAAUUGCAGUUAUGAACAGAACUCCAUCCCGACCACGGAUGGGCGGCAUUGUCUGCUUUUUAAUUGAAAAGUAUAUUUCCACGAGCACUUAAAAUAAAAUUAAAUCUUCUCUUGCCCCCACCCAUCCUACCUGUAGGCAUAAUACACUGAAUGCAUCUUUCAUUAAUGCCACUAUGAAAUUGCAUCAUAUCGCAUCACCAUUAUAACCGAACGAAAUACAGAAAACGGCAGCUGGAUGGAUUUUUAAUUGAAAAUCCAUUUUUUCAGGGAAACAAGCAACCGACAAACGACAAAACGACAACCCUAACCAGGUCCUCAUCGUCAUUCAUAGUGAAUUCAAUUGAUGUAACGGGGAAUAUGUUCGUGUAGUGAACGGGACGCAUUCACUACAACAGAACUACUUAUAGCUUUUAGAAUUUAAGCUUUCAAUACUGUAAUUCAAAACCGAAGCGCAAAAGUGCGUCAUUCGUGUUAAUUAUCCCACAAAAAAAAAACAAAUAAGUUAUUUCUGCACAAAUUCACCCGCAGCUAAGAAACGCUCCUUCAAAGUUGUUAUUGAAGUUUAAGUACAUGGAACCUAGCAAAAUAGUCAACCCUAGUAUGUAAGAAGAUGAACACUGAAACUUUAAUUAAGUCCAUCGAAUCAA